ACAAUAACAAAGCAUGAAGAAUUGGAUCCCCAGAAAUUGGGAAUAUCUUCUCGCAGGACUUAUAGCAAUUUAUCUUGUAAUCAACAACUUUUCACGUUUAAGUCCAACGAUUGUACCAGAGUUAUCAUCUUCAACAAUACAGUUGGGAAAAUACUUAGAGGUUCUUCAUGAUAUACCGACUAGAGAGAUAAACGAUUAUUCUAAAUAUGCAUAUGUUCAGUAUGCAACCGAUAUAGAGUAUUUGACUUUAGCAGUUAUCAAUCUAAUUGCCAUUCGUAGGUCAGGUUCAAAGGUGCAUAAUUUGAUUGUGUUGUAUAGUGAUGAAAUUCUCAAACGUACACAUGAUUUCGAAACUGUUGCAUCAAAGGCCGAGGAAAAUGGGAUUUUUCUCCAACCAGUGGCCUUACUCAAGGCAGAAGAAAUCGAAUAUGGCAGUGGAUGGCAUCUUUCAUUUACAAAAUUACACGUAUUCCACCUAGGGAAUUUUGAUAGAGUUGUAUUUUUUGAUGCCGAUUCGAUGAUUGUGGAUGUUGACACUGAACAAAUGGUCAACCAUCCAGGAAAUAUGGACGAGCUUUUUGAAAUCCUGCCAGAUAUAGACAUUGCAUUACCACAGGCAUAUUGGUUAAAUAAGUACACAUCUGGAGAAUUGAAAGCCCCACCAAGAUCUCGUGAUAACUCCACCACAAGAAUAAAUUUUAUUGAACAUAAAUUUGAUAAUAGGAAAACUUUUUUCGCUAGUCAUGUCAUGGUAAUUAAUCCGUCUAAGAAGCUUUUCCAUGAGAUCUGGAAGUAUGUUUAUUCUCCAGAAGAAUGGAAAACCCUUUAUCCCGAAAGAUUAAUAGAAAUAGAGGACUACGAUAUGGAGGUCAUUAACAAGUUCAUUGAUGAUCGUUUGAGAGAGCAGAUAGAAUCAGAAGUAGAGAUAGAAAAUCCCCUUAAAGUUGCCAUUUUACCACAUAAUAAAUAUGGAGUACUUACUGGUGAGUUCAAAGAAAUGUAUCAUGGUCGAUUCUUGGCAGAAGCUCAAGAACUUCCCUUUACUAAUGGGAGGAAUAAUGAUGGUUGGGAUGCGAAAAAGGUUCUUUCUGAAACAAAGUUGUUGCAUUUCUCAGACUCACCAGUCCCUAAACCAUGGGAAAGCUACCCCUUGACAAAUAUAGCACAAUAUACUUUAGCGAGAAUAUAUUGUUCUAAAGAUGCAAAAGACACAAAAAAGUUCAAUGCCGAGUUCCCUACAUACAAACCAAGAAUCACUGAUGAUUGCGAUGCUGUCAUGGUAUGGGAUUGGAUACGAGAGGAAUUUGAAAGAUAUAGACAACAUAUAUACACCUAAGAAAGAAGG